AUGUUACACUGCCCACAUCUUGCAUGCAUCAGUCCGGAGGGCAUGCGCAACAAGCUGGAUAUAUACAGGGACAACUUUGAGAGCCUUCAGCUAUCAUCGGAAGAAAGCACAGCCCGUUUGAUCCGGUGUGUCAACACUGGCCUCGAAGCUGAUACGUACCACCAGUUCUAUGCAGAAGAAAUACAAGCACUCUUGGAAAGGCGUGCAGAUCCAGCGGUGACAGUGGGCCUUUCAAGCCAAGCAACGUCGGUGUUAGAUGCCGUUGUGCAGAACAACAAUCUGCGAACAUCCGUUAAAGAGCGGACCGAAGAAUUUCUGCGGCGUGCUCUGCGGUGA